AUACAAAAUAAUAUUUAAAUUUUUAAUAAAAAUUCAAAAACUAUCAAAAUAUAACCUUUUAAUUAAGUGUUAUUAAAACUUCUAAAAUUUUAACACAUACUAAGACAAAAAAAAACACUUAUAAAACAACAAUUAGGAGUUAUUUUAUACCAACAACAAUUUCCUCUUCAACACACUUCAACUUAAACAUAUUUCUAUGGAUUUCGUUAUAAAAAUGCAGCCUUUAUUCGGAUAACAAACACUAAUUUCUUUUUAUUAUUUUUAACAAAAAUAAAAAAGAAACAAAAUAUUUAUUUUUUGUUUACAAAACUUUUGAUUUAAUCUCUAUUAAAUCAUUUUAAACACUCUUCAAACUCCCUCAACACCAUGGCUUGCAGCACUAGCAAUACUUACUCCAUAAAACUACUAAUCAUUUCCUGGCUGUGUUGUUUUCUCUCGCUGCCUUAUUGUCAUGGCAAAUCUUCCAGUCUCUUUACACAAUUUCAAAAUCAACGUUUUGCCAUGGAACCGCAAGAUCAAACGGCGGUAGUGGGUGCUCGGGUGACACUACCCUGUAGAGUCAUAAACAAACAGGGUGUUUUACAAUGGACGAAAGAUGACUUUGGUUUGGGUACCUCUAGGGAUUUGGCUGGGUUUGAACGUUACUCUAUGAUCGGUAGUGAUGAAGAGGGUGACUAUUCUCUAGAUAUUUAUCCAGUGAUGUUAGAUGAUGAUGCCCGCUAUCAGUGUCAAGUAAGUCCCGGACCCGAAGGACAACCGGCUGUGAGAUCAACGUUUGCCAAAAUAACGGUAUUAGUACCACCAGAGGCACCAAAAAUUAUCCAAGGUGAUGUUAUACACACCACCGAAGAUCGUAAAGUUGAUAUAGAAUGUGUAUCGGUGGGUGGUAAACCGGCUGCAGAAAUUACUUGGAUCGAUGGCUUUGGCAACGUAAUAACCGAUAAUAUAGAAUAUACCAUUAUACCUUUACCAGAUCUUAGAAGAUUUACUGCCAAAUCAGUGCUGAAACUAACACCCAAAAAGGAACAUCACAAUACCACUUUUACAUGUCAAGCUCAGAAUACCGCCGAUCGCACAUAUCGUUCUGUUAAAAUAAAACUAGAAGUGAAAUAUGCUCCCAAAGUUAGGGUUAAUGUAAUAGGCGGUGCUGUCGGUAAUGGACGUAUACUGGAACAUUCUCAAGUUAGACUCGAGUGUAAAGCAGAUGCUAAUCCCAGUGAUGUUCGCUACAAAUGGUAUAUAAAUGAUGAACCUAUUAGUGGCGGUCAAAAAACAGAAAUGGUUAUACGCAAUGUUACUAGAAAAUUCCAUGAUGCCAUAGUUAAAUGUGAAGUUCAAAAUUCCAUAGGCAAAAGUGAGGACAGUGAAACCUUGGAUAUUAGCUAUGGUCCCACCUUCAAAGAAAAACCUCGUUCCAUGGAGGCUGAUAUUGGCAGUUUGGUUACUUUGAAUUGUGAGGUUGAUGGUAAUCCUACACCCGAUAUUGUUUGGAUACAACACCCCAUUGAUAGGGUGGUAGGCUCCAGUCCCAAUUUAACCUUCAGUGUUAGCAACGAAACUGCCGGUCGUUAUUAUUGCAAGGCUAAUGUACCCGGUUAUGCUGAGAUCUCAGCCGAUGCUUAUGUCUAUCUAAAAGGUUCACCCACCAUUUCAUCGGCACGCACACAAUACGGUUUGAUUGGUGAUACAGCGCGUAUUGAGUGUUUUGCCACAUCGGUGCCGCGUGCACGUCAUGUCUCUUGGACAUUUAAUGGCCAUGAAAUCAGUUCGGAAUUGGGUCAUGACUAUUCGGUUUUAGUGGAUGCUGUACCGGGUGGUGUGAAAUCGACCUUAAUUAUACGUGACAGUCAAUCUUAUCAUUAUGGCAAAUACAACUGUACGGUGGUUAAUGAUUAUGGCAAUGAUGUGGCCGAAAUAAAUCUACAGGCACAAAAAAGCGUUCCUUUGCUAAUGACCAUAGUGGGUGGCAUAUCAGCUGUGGCUCUAUUAAUGAUCAUUACCAUUCUAGUGGUAGUAUAUUUCAAAUGUAAAAAACGUUCAAAACUUCCACCUGCCGAUGUUAUAAGUGAGCAUCAAAUUACCAAGAAUGGUGGUGUUGGUUCUUGCAAAAUGGAACCUGGUGAUCGUACUUCCAAUUAUAGUGAUCUCAAAGUUGAUAUCUCGGGUGGUUAUGUACCAUAUGGUGAUUACACCACACACUAUAGUCCACCACCACAAUAUCUCACCACUUGUUCUACCAAAUCGAAUGGCAGUUCGACUAUUAUACAAAACAAUCAUCAAAAUCAUAUACAACAACAACUGCAACAACAACAGCAGCAGCAACAACAAAGUCUACCCAUGACCUUUUUGUCAUCGAAUGGCAAUGGCAGUUUAACUGGUAGUAUUAUAGGCUCCCGGGAAAUACGUCAGGAGAAUGGUCUUCCCAGUUUACAAUCCACCACAGCCUCCGUGGUGAGUUCAUCUCCCAACGGUAGUUGUAGCAAUCAAAGUACCGCCACUCAUGUGGUAACUGCCACACCCGCCUCAGCGGUAGAUCCACGUUUUAGUGCCAUUUAUGGCAAUCCUUAUUUAAGAUCAUCGAAUUCCUCCCUACUGCCACCACCAACAGCUGUUUAAGGUAAAACAAAAUUGUAUUUUUUUUAUAUAAAAUAAAUUAGACAAAGACAACAAACAAAAAGAUAAUUAACUAUUGAGAAUAUAAUUAUAAUUAAAAGAAAGACUGAAAUUGUAAAUAAUACAUAAACUGGCAUUCUAUUUAUAUAUUCACCGCGAGGUGUUUAUGAAAAAAUAUUAAAAAAAAACAAAGUCAUACUUUUAAACAAAAACACACAACCAUCUAAAACUCUAAGGAGACUUUAAAGUGGAAAUUUUGGAUUGAUUUCUAAGUAGAAAAAGUACUUUGAUAUGAUUUAUUCACCACCAUUUGCCAUGAGAGAGCAGAAAUUUAUUCUUCAAGAAAUUUAAUAGAAUAUUAAUAAUUAAAGAGAUAUAAAACGUUGUUAAUUGUAUUAAACUUUCCCAAGGAAUUUUUAAAAUUCACCUCAGAAUAUAAUUUUGAAACUCAUUCAUUGAAACUUUUUGAUUUUUACCUCGGUUUAACUAAAAAAGCUUUUUAAGUUUAUUAUAACAUUUUAAGCGAUGUAUAUUCAAGAUCUUGGUGAGUUUCACAAAAAAGUGGGAUAUUAGUGGUGAAAUUUUUAAAUUCACCUUACUAUGUUGAAUUUAAUAAAAAAUGCUAUAUGUAAAGAAAUAUUCAUUAAGGAAUAAAUUACAAUGUUUUUUCUUCUUAUUAAUCUUAUUUAUGGCAGUGAUGAAAUUUUUUCAAUCCACCUUUCCGUGGUGAGUUUCUUAAAAAUGCUCUAUUUGAUGAAAUGUUAAUAUAGAUAUAAAUUAAAUUGCUUCUUUCUGCAUACUAACGUUUUUUUUCUGCCGGUGGUGAACUUUUUCACUUCACCUUACCGUGGUGAGUUUCUUAAAAACGAUAUAUUUGAUGAAAUAUUCAUUGGCCCCUAUUCUGCAUUUCAUACUAACCCCCUCAUUUUAUAAAACGAAACUUUCGUUAACGUAAAUAAUUUGUAUGAAGAAUACUGGGAAAUUUUUGAAAAUUUUAAUUUUUUCCAUACAAAUUUU